AAACUGGGUGGCGGGUCCCGCGCACUUUUCAGUUGGCCAGCUGGGCUCGGAAGCCGCUCCUAGUCCGCCCCGGAGAUGCAGGGGAACCAGGGCGGGGGAGGAUAGAGCCUAGGCUAGAGGAUCCAUUGGCGCCUCCACCCACCUUUUCCUCAACGCCUUUCUGAACGCUAGUUUGGACCGGUUCCGGGAUCCAAACUCAUUGAGGCCCAGGAGACAAAAUGUCAUCAAAUGUAUCUCCGGCAUCAGUGCAUUUUGACGAUAGAAGAAAAGAUGACUCAGUCAAAAAGGACAGGCCUUAUAAGAUCUUUUUCAAAGAUCUUUUUCUUUUCAAAGAAAAUGAAAUGAUAGAAAAGAGAAAGGAAAAAAUCAUGAACCGUAGCAUGAAAAUCUACCAAAAGUCAACUUUUUCAUCCCGAAUGAAGAGUCGUUCGCACCUGAGUCAAUUAGCGUUUUAUGCUGACCCAGGGGGUGCCACAUUUGAACAUUUUGGGUUAGAUCCCACACUUAUUCUCAGGUUAACAGAAGGUGCAGACGCAAACAGGACUGUUUAUGAAUUUAUUAGUGACCAGAGAGAAAGGUUUCUGCUUGAGUAUGCGCUGUCAACCAAAAGAAACACAAUUAAAAAAUAUGAAAAACACAUCGUAAUGAAGGAAAGACAACUCUCAAAAGCCGAGAAAAAGCUCCAAGAAGAUGCAAUGGCCUUUGAAGAGUUCCUUCGAGAAAACGACCAGAGAUCGGUAGAUGCUCUGAAAAUUGCAGCACAAGAAACUCUCAAUAAACUACAAACUACAGCAGAGCUAAAGAAAGCAAGUAUGGAGGUGCAGGCAGUGAAAAGUGAAAUAGCAAAAACAGAAUUCCUCCUUAAGCAGUACAUGAAAUAUGGUUUUUUUCUGCUGAAAUUGUCUCCAAAACAUUGGCAAAUCCAGCAAGCACUAAAAAGAGCACAGUUGACCAAAAAACAUUUCUUCCUUCCCAAAAUAGUCACAGGUUUGGUAUUACAUUCACAAAACAAAGAGGAUAACUUAGAGAACUUCAGGAAGCCGUUACAAUCAGAAGACACGGCUCUGGAAAGAGAUAGCCACGCAAAGCCACACAGGACAAUCUCUGUCUUCCAAGAAGAUAGACAAUCAUCCUCUUCAAACCAACCUGACAGUGACAAUUCAGAAGACAGUUCAGACUUCCUUUAUGAUGAAGAUAUCCACUUGGAUAUGAGGCCAGAGCUUUAUUUCAAAGAGCCUGAAGAGUUACUUCAAGUCCUCACAGAGCUGGAAGAGCAGAAUCUUACGUUGGUACAAUAUUCCCAAGACGUAGAUGAAAAUCUUGAAGAUGUUAACAAACGAGAAAAAGUUAUACAGGAUAAAAUAAAUAGCAACAUCGAGUUUCUUUUGGAGCAGAAGGAGAUGCUGAAGGCUAACUGUAUGAGAGAAGAGGAAAAGGCAGCAGAACUAGAAUUAAGGUCCAGGCUGUUUAGUUUUGGAGAGUUUAAUUCAGAUGCUCAGAAGCGGGCAUUUGGGCAGAGUUCUACCUGGAAAGCCAUUUACUUUGCUGAGCAGUUUCUUGAGGCCCUCUUAUCUACAAAUACCGGGUAUGCAGUGGAGAAAGAGGAUGGCAGUCUUCCUGUGGUCUCGAAACAAGUUACAUACCAGCUCAUGAAUCUCCACCAACAGAUAAAACGGCGCAGUUGCGAGGAAAAGCUGAUAGACUCGCUUAGUAAAAAAAUUAAUCAAGUGUACAGAGUCUGCAUUGGAGACGCUGAGGUUGGCAGCCUCAACGCAGUUCAAAAGCUGGUGAAAGUAGAGUCUCGCUUGGUGGAGCUCAGUGACCUCAUUGAAUCCAUUCCCAAAGAAACUGUGGAGGUGAUUGAGAGGAUAAAACAGAAAGAACGGCGGCAAAGGUUGCGUGAAGAAAAAAUGAAGGAAAAACAAAAACAUCAGGAGGAAAGGCUAAAAGCUGCUCUGGAAAGAGCAGUAGCACAACCAAAGAGAAAGUUGGGGAGACGACUUAUCUAUCGGUCAAAGCCUCCAUCUGGUAACAAACAUGAAGUACUUUUAGUCAGUGACCCAAGAACAAAAACACAAGAGGAAGAAUAUUUUUUUACUUGAAUAGCAGUAGUAAGACAUUAUAUUACCAGAAUGUUUUAGGUAUAUUUUGUAGAUUUUGGCUCUCAGUAAUGGCAAUAUUCUGCCCCAGCUACCAAACUAACUAAUUUGAGUCAAGCCUUAUUCUAAUGGCUAUAGGAUUGGGAAUGAGAGUUAUUUACUUUUAUUGAAGACUUCAAAAAAAAUUAUAUCAAGUAUUAUUCUAUAGUUAAAACAUUUGUAUCUAUACUUUGAGUUGUCCCAGUUGGGGAUAAAUAUCCAAAGUUAGGGUAUUGACAUAACUAACUACAUGGUGAAUAGCCACCAAAGGUUAAAAAUGGCCAUUCUCUGACAUGAGAAUUUAAAUGAUAUAUUUUCUCAGUCUAGA